CCAUGAUGGUGCGCGCGUGCUACAAGCUGGAUUUCUUCCUCCACCUUCUCUCGGGGCGGCGGUGGCGGCUGCUGCUCCUGCCCCGGCGUGGGGAGGGAGUCGGGCCGGACUGGGCUGGGCUGGCGGGGCCGGGCUCGCUCCCCUGCGCCCGGUUCCGCCGCGGCGCUGCUAGCGGUAGCUGCUGCUGGUGGCGGUGGCGGCGGCCGGCUGCUGGAGCUCGCGGACUGCCUGCCUGGGACCUAAUCUCCACGCACAGUGAGCGAGGCGGACACACUCGCGCUGCGGGAGCAGAGGCGGGCGGGGGCGGGGGGAAGGGGCAGAGCCCUCCCGAGGUUCUCCAUUGGCCAGGCCGAGUUGCCCAAACUUCCCCCCAUCGCCUUUCAUUGGGAAUUCCUGGCAUCCGUCAGCAGGGCCGCGGCGCAUAUAGGUGGACUGGGCGGGCCCCCUCCCGGCGCGCACGCCCCCGCCCACUCCCCGGGUUCCCACUCCCCCGCCGCUCAUGUGACACCGGCUUAAGCCGAACGGGACCGAAGCCGGGGGACGCCUCCCCGAGCUGUGGGACCGAGCGGCAGCGCGCCCCGGAGCCCCAGUCGCCGCCUGGGACUGGACACGCUCCCCGCCCGCGGGAAGGCGGCGAACUCCGGCGCGCCGGCCUUAUUGCUCCCCCGACGCGCUCCAAACCCCAGGCGGCCCGCGGCUGGAGAAGGGAAGCGAGGAAACCCGGAAAGCGUUUCAUUUCUCCUUCCCGGGGUCCGGAGAGGUCAGCACCCACGGAAAGGGGGCAGGGAAUGCUGGAAUGGAAAGGAAUUUCCCGGGAAUUUCUUGGCCAUCCCUCCCGCCUCCGCCCGGCCCCGCCCGUCGCGACCGGGCAGACCCCUGCCCUACGAGAGAGAGCCCGUAUCUUGCCACUGAAUGGCACUCGGGAGCCUCAGAGCUUUCCCGCCUCGCCACCGGCUCCUUUCUGGCCCGACCUCGGUCUCAGGGGACCGCUCUGCCUAGGGGCUUCCCGGGCAGCGCCUACGUCCCCCAACUUUCUGGGAUCCGCUGUCGUUCCCCGCGGGCGGACGGGCCGGAUCUACCCUCGUAUACACCUGGGCAGCACCCUGAAAACUGGGACGGAGGGCCCUGAGUGGUUUACCCACUCCACGCCCCGCCCCCAACACACACACCUGACAAAUGGGGAGACCGAGGCUCAAAGAGUUGGGUUCGAAAAGGGAUUUAGCAGGUUUUCAGGACUCCACAGACUGACCUGUAACCUUAGGCCUGAUAAACAAAGCCUUAUUGUUAUUGGAGGAAGAAAGAGGGCGGGUUUGGCUAAACACCUCUCACUUCUUGGUGCCUGCCUGGGCUUCCUUCCCCAGGCCUAGUAAGGAGGGCCUAAACACACUGCCCCAGCUGUGACAGAUACUGGGAAGAGGCAGCCCUGACCUCCUGGUGGGUUCCUCUGAGGGAUCCCAGGCCGAAGAACAGUAGGAGCAAGCAGACCUCCGACAGGUCAUGGGCAUGGUGGGGCUUUUAUAUUGGUGCCCUGAGGAUUAGCUGAGCCAACUCAGGGACUCCAGCGUGUCACCCCAGAGGGGAGUGAAGGAGUUAGAAGAGUGCAUUGCCAGGUAGGGCCAUGAAUUAGGAUACGUGAGAGGCCACAGAGGGAAAAGGUGAAGUGCCUCCGACUCUCAGAACAGCUAGCUGAUGCUGCUGUAAGCCACUAUCUGUUGCGCUGUCACUCCCUGUAUCAGUAGUCAACCUCAUGUUUCUGCGAGUGUUACCGGUCAGCGGCCAGCACUGUGCCUGCCACCAGCCCCUGGCUGAGGAAGCACUGCCUCGGAGCCAGAGAGGGUAGAUUUAUAGACUAUUUUAUAACCAUUUCUGAACUAUGGCUCUAAACCUAACAUAGAGGAUAAUAUCGUGCUGUAGCCAUCCAUUCACUCAAUAAAUAUUUGCUGAGCACCGUCUGUGUGUCAGGGGAUGUGCUAGAUGUUAUGUAUAUACAGAUGAAAAAGACACAAUUCCUUCCCCAUGCAGCCCAGCCGAGACAGGUACAGAAACAAAAAUAUACUGCAAGGAGACAGCUCUGACCACUGAGCCUAGCAGGGGAAGGGAGGCUCCAGGUGGAACUUUUUGGAGUAGGUGAAAUUCAAGGGAGCCUUGAAAACAAGAGUCAGCCAGAUGAAGAGUGUGGGAGGUUAUUCCAGGCAGAAGGAACGGUGUGAGUUAGUACAUGGGGGCAGGAAACUGCAGGGUAUAAAAGGAAUGCCUAACAUUUCACUGCGGCUAGACUAGAAAUCCAAGGCCAGGAGGGGCAAGAGAUGGGGCUGUGGAGAUGGGCAGCGGCCAGACCACGUAGGCCCGGUGCACCGUGUGAAGUGUGGAUCUGAGGGGAAUGAGGCUGUACAGAAGCUUUGAGAACCAGGUGCAAAGCAAUUGCAAUAAUCCGGGUAGGAAUGGCCCCUUAGUCCAUUUGGGCCGCUGUAACAGAAUCCCGUAGACUGGGUGGCUUCGACAAGAACAUUUAUUUCUCAGGGUUCUGGAGGCUGGGAAGUCCAAGGUCAGAUUCGGUGUGGUGAGAGCCCACAUCCUGGCUCCUAGACAGCCAUCUUCUGUGUCCUCAUGUGGUGGUAGGAGCUCUGCCCUCAUGACACCCACUCAUCCUCCUAAUACCAUCGCUCUGGGGGGUGGGGGGGCAGGAUUUCAACAUGUGAAUUUGGGCGGGACAUGAACUUCAGUCUCUUGCAAAUGGAGAAGAGUGGAUAGACAAGAAAUACCUAGAAAAUAAAACUGAGUGCCUCGGAGUUUCAGUGUGAGAACAGAGGAGACUUUGCUGCUCUUGACCAAUGUCCCAUAUGGAAUAGACCAUGCAAUUUAUCUAGAAUAUCUUAGGUAAGUUCUACUAUGAGAUGAGGGCUGUCUCUGCCUUACAGAGAAAACCAACCAAAGCUCAGUGAGGUAGCUAACUAGCCCCAUAUACACGUAACACACAUACAUGUGACACCUAAACCCAUGCUUUGGCCCCAGUGUUUCUCAACCCUAGGAUAGUUUGACACCCUCCUUCCCAGGGGAUAUUUGGCAAUAUCUGGAGACACUUUCUAGUUGUCACAACUGGCGGGUCCCUACUGGCAUGCAGUGGACAGAAGCUAAACAUCUGUUAACAAGCAGGACAGGACAGUCUCCCCACAACAUAGAAUGAUCCAGCCCGAAAUAUCAACAGUACUAGGGUUGAGAACCCCUGCCUUAAUUAUUGGUUUCUAGUUUGGAUGAUCUGGUGAAUGGUGGCAGUACGACCAACUGACAAAGAAUUUCAGAUUUGGGAAUGGAAUCCUGGAUUGAACGCAUGGAGCUUGAAGGGCUCGGAGAAUGUUCAGAUUCGGUGGUCCAGCAAGCAGGUGACCGCAUGGCCCUGACCUCAGAGAAAACAGAUCUGAGAGUCAUCUGUGUACAGGUGGUAUUGACCCCAUGUGACCACCCAUGAAGAAUAACGAAUGCCUAAGCGCGACUGGGAAGGGACCACGGCUGAACCAGGAGAAGCAGCACUUGGAAGGAAGUAUAAAGAACAAGGUCCCCUGAUGGAGACAGAGAGGAAGGGGUCAGCAGGAACACAGAGAGUCUGGCCCACUCUGUGUCAUAAAAGUCAAAGGUGUGAAGUUUCAAAGUGAGGGGAGUCAGCAACAUCAGACAUACAGGAAAAUAAGGCUUAACGAAGUAUUCUUUGCACGUGAUCAUUGAAAAUUCACUGGUGUCCUUUGCCUGUGGAAUUUCAAUAAUGUGGCCAAAGCUGUGACUUUAAGAGACACUAGUCAGGAAUAAAGGACAAGAGUGAAUAUAGAAGUCCCAGAGGGGGGUCCAAAGGAGGAAUUUUUUUCUUUGAAUAGGAGAAACUUGAGGAAGGAUUCCGUUGAGAGGAAAGAACUGAAAAGGCAAGCAAGUGAAAGGGAAGAGGCCCCGCAGGGUGGACUGAAGGUGUGGAAUUGACCGGUCUUUCCGUCCAGGACUCACUGGUGGCCAUCACACUGUGAUACUAGUUCCAUAUAACGCCAUCUCCCACAGAGAAAACAGAAUUACUAAACAUGCUGAUUUUUUACAGAUACUAAGGUGCGAUGACAAAGGAACCGAGAUCGAGGCCAGAAUUCUUGCCAUUCUUGCCAUUCACUGCCAUGGCCAGUGGCCAUGAACUGAGGCUCAAGAAGUUUGCUCAAGUCAUGGCAGGGCAGACAACAUUGAUGUCCCUUCAGGCACCAGUCAGGCCUUUCCCUGGAUGGGAGAUCUCCUGACUCAGCAGCAACAGCCUCUGAGACUAGCCGAAUCCACCACCAGCACUGCAGACAACUGUUUCUGCCCCAAUCUAGUCGGUAAUGAGUCACCCAGAAAGCCAUAAGUGCUUUGCUAUUGAAAGAACCUAGGUCUGGAGUAGAUGACCCAAUUUCCUUGGAAAGAAGAAAUCAUGUCUAUGAGUUCUGGGAGUACUUAUUAGGCACCUACUCUGUGCCAGGCAGAAUUCUAGGAGACCCACAGAAGAGCCCUAUUCCUCCCAAACCUUCUGGACUAGCUGCGGCCAAACAAUGGGCUUCCGCCUCUAGAAUUCAUCAUCCAAGAAUCCAUCAGACACUUACUGACAGGCUGAGAGAAUAGAAAUGAAUUGGACUGCCACAUGAGGUGACAUAAACAAUGUAGAGUACCAGCCCAGUGCCUGACAUGCACCAGGCCACCUAGAUGCUCAGCAGUUUCUUUUUCUUACCCCACUAUGUGUCAUUCAUUGGCCGUGCAAGUCCCCAUGAGGAAACACAAAAAAAGCAGCAUCUGCAAGAUUCUGGAAAGUAAAAGCUCUGUGGACCUCCCAGCCCAGAGUUCUGGGGAUUUCCUUCAGCGUGACCCAAAUCUCUAACCUUACACCCUAAUGGUCACGGGUUCCUUAUUGGCUCUUCCUAAGAGAACUAAGGACAGUAGUAUUUGCAGAAGGCUAAAAGGAGGGAGGGAACUCACCAUGGUUUCUUGGGUUCCUGGCUCCAUAGGUCAGAGAUCUCAGUUGCAUUGCCGGUCCCAACAGCAGUCUAAUUUAUGCACGCCUUUGUCACUGAAUUCCCAUAGACACCAUUUAUGGUUGUCUCUCUAAUAUAUAUCAUAUAUUUUAGCGUUCUCUAUUGUG